AUGGACGGCGCCGCCAUGGACGGGGCUGCCAUGGAAGGACCGCUCUUCGUGCAGAGUCAACGCUUCGGGGCCAAGAAGUGGAGGAAGACCUGGGCAGUCUUGUACCCCUCCAGCCCCAAUGGAGUGGCCCGGCUGGAGUUCUUUGAGCACAAGGGGCCAGGCUCUGGAGGCGGGUGGGGAGGCUCUCGUCGCCUGGACUGCAGAGUGAUUCGCUUGUCGGAUUGUGUGAGUGUGGCCCCGGUGACCUUGGACAGCCCCCCAGGACCCGGCACCUCUGUCUUCCGACUGGACACGGCUCAGCGCUCCCACCUCCUGGCAGCCGAGGGUCCUGCCAGUGUGGCCUGGGUGCAGAUACUCUGCCAGACUGCCUUUCCGAAAGGGUCUCUGGCCCCAGCAGACAGCUCUUCUGGGCCCUCUUCAAUGGAGAUGCAGGAGAACUCCCUGUACAGCCCCCAUGGACAAGGGUCCGAGUUCUGGGUGACUGUACAGAAAACAGAGGCAGCUGAGCACUGCGGCCUGAAGGGACACUACGUGCUCCGGGUGGAAGCCAAUGGUCUGAGCCUCCUGGCGCUUGGGGGGCCAGGUCAGAGGAAGGAGCCUUUGCUCUCCUGGCCCUACACGCUGCUCCGGCGCUAUGGACGGGACCGGGCCAUGUUCUCCUUCGAGGCGGGACGGAGGUGUCCCUCGGGCCCCGGCACCUUCACUUUCCAGACCUUGCAGGGGAAUGACAUCUUCCAGGCCGUGGAGGCCGCUAUCCAGAGGCAGAAGGCUCAAGUCGGCAUGGCUGCUGGAGCCGGUCCAUCGGACGGGGGCACGGGAGGGGCCGGAACGGUGCCCGCUGCCUACCAGAGCUUUGAAGAGCCACAGGCAGCCGGCCCUGCCCUGUACUCGGAGCCCUUGGAUGCCCUUCGCUCCCUGCCCGACUCUUCCCCAGACCCCCUGUACUCAGACCCCGUGGACAGUUCGGACCCGAGGACAGGACACAGGGCUGCUGCCCGGCACCCCCUCUACUGGGACUUGUAUGAACAGGUGCAGCAGCAGCUUAAAGACACAAAGCUGGGGGAAGCCAAGAAGGAGCCCAUUUAUGACGAGCCCGAGGGUCAGAGCCCAGCCCCACCUCUGGGCCUUUAUGACAAACCCCAGGAGCCCAGGGAUGCCUGGUGCCAGCAUGCUCGGGGGCAGGACGAGGGCUACGAGCUCCCCUAUAACCCCAACAUGGACGAUUACGCCGUGCCCCCUCCAAGGAACCCCAAGCCUGUCCCGCCCCCCAAACCCCAAGUGCUUCCCGGGCCUAACAGCCCCAGCAGCGGGGGGCUCCCGGUGUACAGCCGGGUGCAGAAGGGGGCUGCUGCCAAGGGCUGGGGCCAGGCCACGCCUGAAGGGGAAUCUCGAACAAGGCCUGGGACGAGAUCGGAAGCACCCAUGUAACCCCUGGGUGGGGGCGGAAGGAACUCAACGGGUGCUAAGAGGACAUCUCUGCGGCCUGGGGGCUGCGCGGGGCUAGGUGGGCAGUGUGUGAGGCCGGGCCUCCGGGCAGCGGCAAGGGCCAGACCCCGCGGCCAAGGGCCUGCAUUUGGCUGCCACCUUCCUCUGGGGGAAGGAGUCCUGGGGGAGGCCAAACCAAGGCCAGAGGAGACGGACUUGGGGCAACCCUGCUGGGACUCCUGACCGCUGGUGGGUGUGCUGGAGGGGCCUGGCCUGAGUCUGCUCCCCCGAAUCCUGAGCUGCCUUGUGCCAUGGACUCUUAAAUGCAUUAAAGUCAGCUGGGGCUGAGAGAGCUCUGACCAGCCAUGUCUGCACGCGUGACGCAGGAGGACCAGCAGG